AUGAAGGGGCCCAGUUCGUCACCUCGGCCGAGCAUCAGCGAAGGGUGCGUGGAAGUCGUCGUCAGUCCAUCAUCGUCCUCGAGCGACGAGCGUAGAGAACCUCAGUAUACAGGCUUCUCGGACGGACAGAGGAAAUGCAUCGUCUUCCUGGUGGCCAUGGCGGCCUUCGUGCCCCCGCUCAGCGUCUUCAUCUACAUCCCCAUCAUCGACACCUUGUCUGAAGAGCUGCACGUGUCCAUCGAGUACAUCAACAUCACAAUCACCUCGUACCUCCUCGUCCAGGGUAUCGUCCCCGCCUUGCUAAGCAACAUUGCCGACCACCUCGGCCGACGGCCGAUUUAUCUCCUUUCUCUGUUUACGUUUUGCGCCUCGUGUAUCGGACUGGCGUUGCAACGGUCGUACUUUGAACUGCUCGUCUUUCGCAUGGUACAGAGUGCCGGAACGUCUUGUCUUUUGGCACUGGGCGCCUUGGUCGUCACUGAUAUUUCCCCGGCUCACAGGAGAGGUAGGUACAUGGGUGCCAUGUUGACUGGAGUCAACCUUGGGCCCGUAAUAAGCCCCUUCGCUGGUGGCAUCAUGGGGGACACAGUCGGCUGGCACCAGGCUUUCUGGCUCCUUCUCAGCUUCGGAGCUGUGUGUGGUGUUUGUCUCUUUGUGUUCCUCCCAGAAACCUGCCCGAACGUCGUCAACGAUGGGAGGGGCGUCGAGGGUAAAGUCAGCUGGCCGGUGUCGUCUGCAUUGGUCCCUAUCGACAGACCACUCGACGACACCCCAGUCCAGGAGACGCCAGCAUCGUCGGAACACUCAUUCAGAAACCCAUUUAGGGGGUUAAAGAUUAUAUUCCGCCGACUGGAUGCGUUGCUACUCGGCGGGAGCGCGUUGAUCCAUCUUAGCUUCACGUGUAUCCAGGACUCUCUUGCUCACCAUGCAAUGGAGAAGUACAAGCUCAACGGGCUUCAAGCUGGGCUAUGUUAUGUCCCAUAUGGUUUGGCCGUCUUUUUAUCCGCCUACGGGGUCGGAAAGGUCAUCGAUCACGACUAUGCCAUGGUCGCCAUAGCCCACCGUCUCUCGAUUAGCGACUUUGAAGGACGCAACUUUGAAAACUUCCCGAUCGAGCAGGCGCGUCUCCGGACAAUAUGGUAUCUGUUUCCCCUGGUCAUCACGUCGACGGUGUUUUACGGCUGGGCGAUCCAGUACAAGAUGAACUUGGGUUUCGUCAUGGUAACGCAGUUCCUCUGCUGCUUGGCCGCGACGGGCAUCUGUAAUACGUGUCUUACGCUCUACCUGGAACUGCACCCUCGCGAGCCCGGUGUUGCAAGUGUGGCGAUGAACUUGGUCCGGUCUAUUGCCGCUGCUGCUGGGGUUGCUGUGGUGCAGCUGCUCGUCGACGAGUUUGGGACUGGCUGGACAUUCACCUUCUAUGGGUUUGUGUGCUUCGUUUCUGUCCCAGUGUUGCUUGCUGUCAGGAGGUGGGGGCCAGGAUGGAGAGAAAAGACGCGGAGUAUCGGCAGAGAGAGAGAAAUACAGCAGCAGAACGACCCAUCACCUGUUUGA